CUGUCGCGUGCGGUGCUGUGCUCUCGCUCUGUCAGAGGCUCUGGCGGCCUCCUCGAUGGUAACUGGAGCGUGUGCAGAGUGUUGGGGUGUGAUGGCUGCUUACUGCAAGACGAUACUAGUAUUACUGCUUAUUUUUCAAGAACAUCUAAUAGCAAGUGCUUAUAAUGAAGAGGAGGAUGUACCUAAAGAAUGGUUUCUCCUUCAUGUGGUUCAAGGUCAGAUUGGUGCUGGAAACUACAGCUACUUGAGACUAAAUCAUGAAGGGAAGAUAGUGCUUCAAAUGCAGAGUUUAAAAGGUGAUGCAGACUUGUAUGUGUCUGAUGUGACCCUUCAUCCCAGUUUUGAUGAUUAUGAAUUACAAUCUGUAACUUGUGGCCAAGAUGUGGUUUAUGUCCCAGCACACUUCCGCCGCCCGGUGGGAAUAGGGAUUUAUGGCCAUCCCUCUCACCUAGAAAGUGAAUUCGAAAUGAAAGUGUACUAUGAUCAAACAGUUGUAGAAUCUCCAUUUGGUGGUGGCUCCUACAAUCCAGAAGAUAUGGAGAUGAGCCGGAAGCAGUUUCAUUCAACGGAAGAUGAGUCUCAGGAUGAAGAAUCAGUCUUCUGGACUAUAUUGAUUGGAAUACUAAAAUUAAUACUUGAAAUUCUCUUUUAGAGUUAUAGUUCGACAACUGGUCUUUGGCUGUGGACAAUCUGUCAAACUGAAUGAAUGCUGUUUUACAAGCAUUAGUACUAACUUCUAUGUUCUAUGCUGGGGAGGGAAAAAUAAAGCCAUAACUAAUUUUGUAUUGUAAAUUUUCCCAGAGCUACACUGUAGCAUGCACAGUAUUUGUACAGUUUUCCCUUAACUGAUCAGGGUCAAAUAUGAAUGUUACAGUUCACUGUGACUUUGAAUAUAACUUAUUUUCUUUAUAAAGAUUUUGAGAAUUUUAGAAAUGUAAAUCUGUACAAUAAACACUACAGAAAUUUUCUUUCCUUUGAAUCAGCUAGGACAAAGUUCCACUUUAAAAGGUGAAUAACCUUUGGAGCAUGAAAGCCCUUUAAGGGUGCUUUAUAUCAUGACGUACUGAAAAGGAAAUAUUAUUUCUGAAAUAGCUGAACAGCUUCCAUGGGGGAGACUGGCAACAUCAAUGUGUACUGUAUAUCUGCACAGGGGCGAAAUGUGUUCCCUUCUCAAAUUUUUAACAGUGCUUUCCUCAUUCAUUUUCUGGUCUUAGCACUUAACUUUCAGAAGAGCUCAAAGAGCAAAUACAUUUCAAGAACAAGAAACUGGUGUAGUGGAAACAAUAGUCCAGUAGACACUUCACAAUGCUCAGUUCAAAUUGUAGGUGUGUUUUUUUAUAAAGAGACACUCAUUCAAGUAACAGUUACUUGUGGCAAACUCGAGAAUUUAAAGCUCCUUAUCUUCAAAAAAAAUUGCCUGGGCAGAAUCCACCGAAGUGCUUACACCUCUGCUGAUUCUCUUUCACAAGCAGUGGAUCUCACCAAUUCCGUUGUGCGAGUGGGAUCAACCACUUGUGCAAGAGAGAUUUAGCACUUCCCAGAGGAAGCCCUGAAACCAGGGGAAACAUUUGUUUCUCGAUUGCAACAGGUCUGCCUGGUUCCAGAAACGAGCAUUUUCACUUGUUUCUGGUUGCCCCGGAAGUGCUGCGAAACCUUCUUUAUGCAAGUGGUGGGUCCCACUUGCGGACAGGAAUUAGCGGGGCAUAAGGGAAUUGGUGGAGGUGUAAGCGCCCCAUUGGAUUCCACCUACUGUUCCAAAAAGUAUGUAACAGCAGACUAGUCUGCUGGGGUGGACAGAGAUCUUGAAGCUAGAAUGAGGGUGGGCAUAGUUCAAGAGAAGCAAUUUGGCCUGAGUAAGAUAAGAGUGUUUCUUUCCACACCUUUUCUUAUUGAAGUCAUAAUAAUUCAAACACUAUAUACUUCUUAAAGCAGAUUUUUUUUCUGGUGAAGUGUUGUGAGUUACCACUCUACUUUCUGAUAGUACUCCUCACUUAAUCACCAAUUAGUAAUCGAAUCCUUUCCUUUUAGUAGGACAGAGAACACAAGUGAUUGCUAUGCAAUAAAUAAGUCUGCUAUAUUUUUCUAUAUAGAAGUGACUGCUAUUUAGCAUUGAAUCCAUAGGACAAAUUAUACAUUUACAAAAUACAGAGCAUUCUCCUCUGUGUUGGACUGUAAGUUGCUAAGUAAAAAAUACUGGAACAGAAUGUACCCAAUAACCUUCCCCACCAUACUAAAAUUAAAAACUUUAUUUGGUGAAAAA